CGUAUUGGGGUCGCAGCCGCUGAGAUACCGGGAAGUAGAAGGAGGCUGGAGGCUGGGGAAGCUCUGGGUUGGCUUUGGACACCAGCCUGGUUGGUUUUGCGGCGCCUGAGCUUCCCCGCAGCUAUGUGAGGGGCUGCAUUGGCGAUGGGAGCUGGGGACCCUCCAGCGGCAGCGGCGUCUGCAGCGGCUGCUCGAGGUGGCUGCCUCAGCUGCUGUCUCACCCUGGAACUUCCCUCAGAACCUGGGGCCUCUUCACUCUGGAACAUCCAUUCUUCCCCUGAAGGCUUCUCACCCUUGAACAUGUCUCUGCCAUGCUGGCCCCCUUCUCCCAUUGGAACUCUAAAAGUGCUAACAGAGAGAAGCAACAUUACCUGGAAGUUUGUUUGUAAUCCUGAGAAACAAUGAUAUUGACCUCUGUGGAGCAAAGGCAGCAUGGUGUCCGCCAUGACUGAUGGAGACACAAGUAGACAAUGUGGACGAAUUUCUGCAAACCAUGGUUUAUCUGCUGUCUCCUGGCAGCAUUGACCAUUGUCUUCCUAGUCCUCAAUGUUAAUCAGUUAGAGCACUUGGAUCAUGAAAGUGUUUUAGCUACCGUCAUUGAUAGUAGCGGGCAGGAUAUUUUCCCUCAAGCAACAGGAGUUGGCCGAAAGCCCUACUGUGGUUAUGAACAUCAAACCUUGUCUAAGAGAGAGCGUUUGGAAGAGGACUCUUUGUUGGCAGCCUUGCAGAGCCAUGAGCCUUAUACGGAUUUGGUCCCAUUUGUGAAGAGCACUGACCCCUCCUCUAGCUAUUUUGUGAUAUUGAACUCUGGAGCUUUCUUCAAGGUGGGGAGCCAGCUUGAGGUGCUGGUUCAAGUACAGGAUUUCCAAGGGAGGCCCAAAAAGUAUGGUGGAGACUAUUUACAGGCCAGAAUCCACUCACCCAAACUGCAAGCUGGUGCAGUGGGAAGAGUUGUAGACUACCAAAAUGGAUUCUACAAAGUUUUUUUUACUUUGCUUUGGCCAGGCAAGGUGACCGUGUCUGUAGUUCUGGUUCAUCCCAGUGAAGCAGUCCAGGUCCUUCAGCAUCUACAGGAGGUGAGGCCAGAUAGGGUCUAUUUUAAAAGUCUUUUUCGGUCAGGGAGGAUUUCAGAGACCACCAUAUGCAAUGUAUGUCUACCAGGAAACCUUCCUGUGUGUAACUUCACAGAUCUCUACACCGGGGAGCCAUGGUUUUGUUUCCAACCGAAAAAGCUCCCUUGUAGCAGCAGAAUCAACCAUUACAAAGGAGGAUACCUCAAGGGUCUUCUAACCACUGCAGAGGGUGCUUUCUUCCAAAGUGACAUCAAUAUCAAAAUGCCAAUUCGCUCCAGUGGACCUGAUUGGGUGACUGUUAUUCCCCUAGGAGUAAAAGAAGCAAAUGACCCUGAACCCUCUCAAAGCUUGGAAAACUUCCCUUCUGGUUAUUAUUACAAAAACCAGUGGAGGCCUAGAAAGUUCAAGAUGCACCAGUUUAACGAACCUGACAACAUUACAGAAUGCUUACAAGGAAAAAUGGUUUAUUUAUUUGGUGACUCUACCAUAAGGCAGUGGUUUGACUAUCUGAUCACGUUUGUUCCAGAUUUGGUGGAGUUUAACCUGGGCAGUCCUAAAAAUGUGGGCCCCUACCUCGCAGUGGAUUUGAAACACAACAUUUUGCUACAGUACCGCUGUCAUGGGCCUCCCAUCCGAUUCACUACUGUCUUAAGCAACGAGCUACACUAUGUGGCCAACGAGCUGAACAGGAUCGUGGGAGGGAGGAGCACCGUGGUGGCCAUAGCCAUAUGGUCUCACUUCAGCACCUUCCCCUUAGAAGUUUACAUCCGGCGGCUGAGGAACAUUCGCCGGGCAAUUGUCCGCCUCCUAGACCGGAGUCCAAAGACUGUGGUAGUUAUCCGGACAGCCAAUGUCCAGGAACUGGGGCCCGAAGUUAGCCUUUUCAACAGUGACUGGUUCUCUUUUCAGCUUGACACCAUUCUAAGGAAGAUGUUCUCGGGGGUAGGCGUGUACUUAGUGGAUGCCUGGGAGAUGACACUCGCCCACUACCUACCGCACAAGCUGCAUCCAGACGUAGUAAUUGUCAAGAACCAGCUUGACAUGUUCUUUUCUUUUGUGUGUCCAGCGAAGACUUAGCUUUGCCCUUUGGGAAGUCCUUCUAGAGGGAGUGUUGGCAUUAAAUCAUGUGAAAAGUGUU